GAAACCCGAGGGGGAAAUCCAUUCCCGGAAGGCCCGGGUUCCAGUGGUCUCGGAUCCUCCUCCGGGGAGCCGAGUUCGAGGUGCGGCUGUCUAUGGCUGGUAUCCCGACCUAGACCAUUUUUCACCCUCUUGCUGGAGGAGGGAGGAGAGCGACUUGCGGGCAAGAGUUGCAUCUGGUCUGGGCACCUGCAGAGAGAACUCUGGGCAGGAGGAGGACAGCCCCGAGCAGAGCCUGCAGCCAGCCGCCCUCGGUGACCAUGCCGCGGUGAGGGGAACGGACUUCGAGGGCAACUUGUCUCCGCCGACCGCCCGGGUUUAGCCAGCGCAGUAGCAGCGGCUAGGAGCACCUCUCCAACCCCCCCCCCCGCCCCAACACACGGAACUGCACCGCGAGGCCCGGCGGGGGGCUGUCGUCUAUGUCUUCUUGGGGCGCCCGGCGGAGCGGAGUCUCGUUUUUGCAGGAAGAGCCCAGCGCCGGUGGCUUCAGGUGUCCGCGGCCGGUGCCAUUUCCACCCCUGGUGAGACGAGCGGAGACGCUCGAGCGCGGACACCUCCGAGGCGGCAGCGAGGCAUCGGACAUGUGUCAGCACAUCUGGGGUGCACAUCCGUCGAGCCCAAGGGGAGAUUUACUGGAACAAUACAAACUGCGAUAUUGAUCUUGGGGGGGUGACUGUCCCUGGCCGGCGGCUGUCGGGUGGGAGCGCGAGUGUGCGCUCUCUCGGGAGUGUGUGCGAGUGUGUAUAUGUGUGUGCCGUGUCGGGCUCCCCCCUUUCCCCCCCUGUUUUCCCGUCGAGUGAUGCACUUGGAAUGAGAAUCGGAGGAUGGAAAUAGUCUGGGAGGUGCUUUUUCUUCUUCAAGCCAAUUUCAUCGUCUGCAUAUCAGCUCAACAGAAUUCACCAAAAAUCCAUGAAGGCUGGUGGGCGUACAAGGAGGUGGUCCAGGGAAGCUUUGUUCCAGUUCCUUCUUUCUGGGGAUUGGUGAACUCAGCUUGGAACCUUUGCUCCGUGGGGAAACGGCAGUCACCUGUUAACAUAGAGACCAGUCACAUGAUCUUCGACCCCUUUCUGACACCCCUUCGCAUCAACACAGGGGGCAGGAAGGUCAGUGGGACUAUGUACAACACAGGAAGACACGUGUCCCUCCGCCUGGACAAAGAGCACUUGGUCAACAUAUCAGGAGGGCCCAUGACAUACAGCCACCGGCUGGAGGAGGUCCGGCUACACUUCGGGAGUGAGGACAGCCAAGGAUCGGAGCACCUCCUCAAUGGACAGGCCUUCUCUGGGGAGGUGCAGCUCAUUCACUAUAACCAUGAGUUAUAUACAAAUGUCACAGAAGCUGCAAAGAGUCCAAAUGGAUUGGUGGUAGUUUCUAUAUUUAUAAAAGUUUCUGAUUCAUCAAACCCAUUUCUUAAUCGAAUGCUCAACAGAGACACUAUCACAAGAAUAACAUAUAAAAAUGAUGCAUAUUUACUACAGGGACUUAAUAUAGAGGAACUCUAUCCAGAGACCUCUAGUUUCAUCACUUACGAUGGGUCAAUGACUAUCCCACCUUGUUAUGAGACAGCAAGUUGGAUAAUAAUGAACAAGCCUGUGUAUAUAACCAGGAUGCAGAUGCAUUCCUUACGCCUACUCAGCCAGAAUCAGCCAUCACAGAUCUUUCUGAGCAUGAGUGACAACUUCAGGCCUGUCCAACCACUCAACAACCGCUGUAUCCGCACCAACAUCAACUUCAGUUUGCAGGGGAAGGAUUGUCCAAACAACCGAGCCCAGAAGCUCCAGUAUAGAGUAAAUGAAUGGCUUCUAAAGUAGAGAACCAAGCCAAGAAGAAUCCCACCUCAGUGAAAUGCUACAACUGUGAAUUGACGUAACCCAGAAUGCCCCCCUUCUUUCUGCUCUCCCUUCCUUCCCAAGCCUCAUUCAUUCCUUGGAUUGGCCCCUUUUUCAUUAAAAGUAUCUGCAAAACCAUGACAGAGGAACGCAUCUCUUAUACAUUCACACACAAGCACACACACACACACACACACACAUACAUGCAAACAUAUGUACACACUCAAACCACCUUCAAGAUGGGAAAAUCAAGUCUCAGAAACAAAAGGCUGAAUCAUAAAAGGUCUUAAAAGGAAAUAACCAGUUAACCUGAUUACAAUUUUGAUACCAUUUUCCUGAACUAAUAAAGCUACUCAAUGAGACUUUUCAAACUUUGUACAUACAACAUUCUUCUGAGAGAGAGAGAGAGAGAGAGAGAGAGAGAGAGAGAGGAGAAAACAGCAGUGAAAGCAUCAAGUGGACUCGGAAUCUAAUCAUCUCUGAUAAUGUCCUGGGACCCUCUGAGAAUGCUGAUGACAGGUGAGCCAGGACAAAGUUGACCAAGGACAUUAAUUUCUAGAUUACAAUUCUUCUGUUUACUCAACGACUUAAAAAAGAAAAAAGAGCAACAGACAUGGAAGAGCUACACAUUGUGUAUAUAUAUAUCACCACAGACUGUAAGAAAGGGAAUUAUUUCCCUCUUUGUCACAUAUCUGUAGUAGGAUUUGCCAAGAUCAGAAUCGAUCCAUUUGCUGUUUCUUGUUUCCCAAAGGUUAUACAUUGUGUUUGGUUAUUGUUAACAGCUCAAUAAAUGUGUUUAAUGCAUUAAUUUCAUUUUCCUGGCUUUAUAAUCCGUUCUCCUUCCUGACAGGCUAAGCCCUGGCUCCAUAUAGUUCCAUUCUUGGAUUUCACAUGUCCCUCCAUCUCCACGUUUGUUUGUUUGUUCGUUUGGUUUGUUUGUUUUAUUUGCAGUUUUAUGGAGUUUGUGGCAAUCAGGAAUGCAUUUGCUAAGCAAGUAUAACUUUAAUUCCACUCCAUGGCUCCAUCAUUCACCUAAGGUGAGCUUAGGCCUGACCUAGCAGGCGACAGAUUCCUUGCGUUUCAAAACUGCCAUCCUCCCUCCCCCUCCCUGUGAUGCUCCCGUUGAAGGAAUGCACUUUGCCUUGUAAAUUCCUGGGAAAGGGGUGUCUUUUCUCUCCAGGUGCAGCCAGAUCUCACAAAGUACAAACGAAUGCCUUUCUUUUCUUGUUUAUAAUGGUCACUCACUGUGUUUGGUUACUGUCAAAAAAAAAUCAAUAAAUGUGUUUAACAAGUUG